AUGAGGAAGACACAAGAUCUAGCGCGACCUCGGAGCCCGGGCCAGGCGAGAGUAGCCAAUCGCCGGAGAGCAGCCAGGUAUCGUGCUCGACCCGGCGCGGCGGAAUCGCCCCCUGGCUUGGCUGGAGUCGUCGCGGCGGAAUCGCCCGCUGGCUUGGCGCAAGGGGCUGGAGUCGGCGCGGCGGAAUCGCCCGCUGGAGCCGCAACACUGGCUCGAGUCGGCGCUGCGGAAGCAGGGGGCGUCCUGGCGAAGCCCGCGCAAGCUGCUCCGGCGGCAGCGCUGGCGGCGGGAGGCGCGGCGGAAGGGGGCGCGGCGGUAGAAGCAGGGAACUUUGUCCAAGCUGCUCUUGCAGCAGCGCUGGCGGCGGGAGGCAGCCCGGCGGAAGCAGGAGGCGGGGCGGUAGAAGCAGGGAGCUUUGCCCAAGCUGCUUCGGCGGCAGCGCUGGCGGCGGAAGGGGGCUUCGCGCAAGGCUCGGCGGCAGCACUGGCUGCUCAAUCUCUGGCUACCCAAGCUAUGGCCGCAUGGGGGAAAGUAAACGCGACAAUGCAGGUCAUAGCGAUCGUCGCUGUCGGAAUUCCACUGCAAGGACCUCCAGACUCCUUGGCAGCCAUAGCAGCAGCGCAGUGGAUUCCUUUGUCCACGUUCUUCUUCUGGCAGCCAGAAUCAGUGACGGGAUCGCAAGAGCCAAAGGCACCUGAGACCGGCCCAACAUUAGGCGCAAGCUAUGGGGGUAACACUCUGGAAGCUGUGGAAGACAGGGUUACCAUUCCGGACGAGAUCCCCUUUUCUCUGGACUCUUUCGAGCUUGAUAUCCCCCCCUCUCCUCCCCCGUCUCCUCUAGACUUCGACGAGUGUGACAUUGAUCUUUGGAGCUGACUAGGUUGCUUGAGCAUUUCGAGUGGGGAGCGCUGGGUUCGAAUGCUCAUCUGCUAUUACAGGCCUCGCGAGGUUUCAUACAUUGAUGUAAACAACUGAAUAGCAUAUAAAUAGAUAGAGCCAAGCCUAUCGAGUCUCA